AUGGCCGCGCUCGACGGAGGCACCGCCCCGCGGCGCCGCGCACUUCCGCUUCCGCUACAGGCCAUGGCGGCCGGGCUGCUGCUGGCGGCGCUGGGCGCGGCGCUGGGUUUCUUCGCGUCGGCGGGGAAGAUGAAGAUCGUGGAGGAGCCGAAUACGUUCGGGUUGAAUAACCCAUUCUUGCCUCAAACAAAUAGGCUGCAGCCAAAGAUGUCCCCAUCUGCAGUAUCAGGCCCUGCACAUCUCUUUAGGCUUGCCGGCAAGUGCUUCAGUUUUGUGGAAUCCACGUACAAGUAUGAGUUCUGUCCUUUCCAUAAUGUCACUCAGCAUGAGCAGACUUUUCGAUGGAAUGCCUAUAGUGGGAUUUUAGGAAUCUGGCAUGAAUGGGAAAUUGACAACAAUACAUUUACUGGAAUGUGGAUGAGGGAAGGAGACUCCUGUGAAACUAAGAGCAGACAGACAAUGGUUCAUCUUGUUUGUGGAAAGAGCAAUAAAUUGGCUUAUGUGUCUGAGCCAAGUACUUGUGUUUACUCUCUGACAUUUGAGACUCCUCUUGUGUGCCAUCCCCACUCACUUUUAGUUUAUCCAACUCUGACUGAAGCACUGCAAAAGAAGUGGGAUGAAGCAGAGCAGCUUCUCUACGAUGAACUAAUAACCGACCAGGGUUACAAAAAAAUUCUAAAAGAGAUUUUUGAGGAAGCAGGACUUCUAAAAGCAACAGAAGAAAACGAAGUAGAAAAACAGAGUAAGAAAAUAACUCUGGAAUUUGAAACAGUGGAAAAGUGCAGUAAGGAAUACAAGCAACUUUCUGAAGAAAUACAAAAACUUAGAGUCUUAUUAGGUCAGCAUGGUAUUGCGUACAAAGAAAAUUCUGCUGGAAAUAUCAGUGUUGAGUAUGUAAGUCACCAACAGGCAACUGCAGUGGCAUCAGUUCUUAAUGGGUCAAAGGAUGAUGAGCACCUGCAUGGCGAUACAGGAAUUUGGAAUCACACUGUAUGAAGAAACUUGUGUGGUACAGAAUUUAAAUUAAACUGAACAUGUGUUAUGCCAAAAAGAUGUUUUACCUUCUUGCAGCUGGCAAAAGAGGAGAGAGAGCCCCUGCGAGGCAGAGCCCCUGGAAGGCCCUGUCCCGGUCCGAGGUUCCCACUUUUCUCUCCGACUCCCAGGGAAUUGCUGGAGCAGAACCAGAGAGUGUCCAUUUCAUUUCCUGCCUUUUCCAAUAAACGGUGACUUUCAGCUGGAGUGUGUUCCUGGUGUCAUCCUCCUCCUCCUCCUCCUCCCUGUAUUUGUAAAUAAAUGUCCUGAUUUUGGCCAA